UACAUAACCAAAUAAAAACAUGAAUAUUUUUAAACGAAUUCAACCCGAUUUUAAUGCAUUUGCAAGAAAUAUAUCCUAUAAAAAUAUAUUAGUUGAGAAACUUGGAAAUGUUACUGCAAUAGGAAUAAAUCGUCCGGAGAAAAGGAAUUGCGUGGACGAGGAGACUGCAGAAGAAUUAAAGGAGGCUAUAAAAUCCUUCGAGGAUGAUGCGGAUGCGUUCGCUGGUGUUUUGCAUGGAGUUGGGGGCAAUUUCUGUGCCGGAUAUGAUCUAAAGUCUUUGACAGAUGUGGGCCGAGUGAAGAGUAUAUUGAAUAAGGAGACUGGCUUUAUGGGACCUACGAUGAGGUACAUUAAGAAACCAAUGAUUGCAUCGAUCAGUGGGUAUGCUGUAGCUGGUGGAUUGGAGCUGGCUUUGAUGUGCGAUAUGAGGAUUGUGGAGGAGACUGCUGUGAUGGGUGUUUUCUGCCGGAGAUUUGGCGUCCCGUUGAUUGAUGGGGGCACCGUCAGAUUGCAGGCGAUUGUUGGAUUAUCGAGAGCUCUUGAUUACACGUUAACGGGUCGGGCAAUUAGCGCUAAGGAGGCGUUGGAUUGCGGCUUAGCCAAUAGGAUAACGGAUGUGGGAACAGGACUCGGACAAGCGAUUAAUUUAGCUGGAUCUCUGGUGAAGUUCCCGCAGAGCUGCCUGCUUGCGGAUAGGGCUUCCACCUAUAACGCGGCGUUCGCUUCAUCUUAUACCGAUCUGUUGAAAUUCGAGCGCGAAAACGGAAGGAAAGUUGAUCUCGCGUUGCUGACGGUGGGAGCUGGGAAAUUUGCGCGCGGUGUCGGGAGGCACGGAAAGGCGCACCAUCUGACGGAGAUAUCGGACAUCCCCGAUUGGGAGCAGGAGGAGAACGUGAAGAUGAAGAAAUGAGAAACAUGUAAA